CGCAUAGUUGAAGCAUCAGUUAGUGAUUCGGUUCUGGUGAACCACUGUCGUGUGUGCCCUCUGUGUAUAAUGUAAACAUUAGCCUGAGGAAUGCAUUUAGACAGUAGGUGUUGGAACAUUAUCAUGAGCUGUGAUAACGUGGCGGCGAGUCGGCGCGGCUCAGUAAGCGACGAGGGGUCGCGUGGAGCGGUCGCGUGUAACUUCGCUGUCGGACAAGUGACGUACGAAAGCACUCUGUGUUCGCGCUCGCGUACGCGCCGCAUUCCAUCGUGGGGGCCCUUCGCCGCCAUUGGCCGAUCCCGCGUGACGUCACUCCUCGUAAUGAGGUAUUCAACAUGGCCGUGUAGCUAGUUCGCGAGUGUGUUUCGUUAUUCGUUUGAAUGGAUUUAAUCAGUGAAAUAUGCCAAGGAGACGAAACGGUGAGAUACCCUUGCCCGACGGAUGGGAUUACGCGAGGGACUUUGACGGAAAACUGUAUUUCAUCGAUCACAACAGUAGAAAAACGACGUGGAUCGACCCGCGAGACAGAUACACGAAGCCACAAAGCUUCGCGGACUGUAUCGGGAAUGAGCUCCCUCUCGGUUGGGAGGAGGCCUACGAUCCUCAGAUCGGGCCUUACUACAUCAACCACGUCAAUCAGGUGACGCAGCUAGAAGACCCGAGGCUAGAAUGGCUCAGCAUCCAGGAGGCCAUGUUGAGGGACUACCUCCACACGGCCCAAGAGGCGCUGGAGGUCACGAUCUCAUGGGAAACCCUCAAUAUGAUAAUGUUUUCUAACGUCAUUAGCAGUGUAGACGUAUCUAAUUUCAGUAAUAUGCCUUUGACCGUUAAAUUGUGCUUCUAA